GGAAACCUCUAAGUUAGAGCUUACAAGAAAAAUAUCAAUCUAUAUAUGUCUUAAGAAUAUUAACAACAACUUUAGCAAAGAAAAAGAGAAUAUUAACAACAAUAAGUAGACAAUACUGACCUGAAAUAAUGGUGUCGCAAAGGUUUUCCUUGACCCUAGUUUUUCUAUUGGCAAUCUUAAUCACAGUUGCUAAUGGAAACGACAACAGAAAGCUAUUGACAUCUUACAAAUAUUCUCCUCCUCCGCCACCGGUCUAUUCACCUCCAAUUUCUCCUCCUCCUCCUCCUCCUCCUCCUCCUCCUCAAUCGCAUGCUGCUGCCUACAAGAGAUAUUCACCGCCGCCACCACCCUCUAAAUAUGGAAGAGUGUAUCCACCACCUCCCCCCGGAAAAUCAUUGUGGUCGUUCCUUAACCUCUAAGAAGCAUGCAAGUGGCUCAGGAGAAGACAUUUAUUUUCUGCCAUAUAUUACUCACUGAUGGAUUGUUAUGUAGCGAUGACUAAAGCUUCUUCUGUUUUUUUUUAACCUUCUUCUUUUUAUUGUAUUGAUUACUUUUGCAGUUUGUAUAUUCAAAAUUUCUGACUAAACAUCAAAUGGGCCAUCUUUCGUUUAUUGAUUGGAGACUUCUUUUACAGGUUUUAUAAAAGAUGAUCAUUAC